UUAAAAAAAGAACUAGAAAAAAUAAUAUGGAAAUACCUAAAUUUAGGAACACAAAAACGAUACAGAUAACAUACCCUGCCCCCUAUUUGCAAUCUUGGAACUCUGAUGUUGCACCAAUUUUGAAGAAACACAGCCCUAUAAGGACCUGCAGACUCUUCCACGGUCCAAGAAGACCCGUUAGCACUCCAAAAAUAAAAAGCCAAUCCUAUUCAGCUGUAAGAGGACCAGAUCCAACGGCACCACAUUUAAAAUAUGGCGUCUUUAGCAACAAACGGAUAAUUGCCAACAGAGCUGUGAUCCUACCAAAACUGAAGCAACCAACGCCUAACUCCAAACGCAAUAAUGCUCUAAAGAACAGGAUUUCCGAGAGUCUGAUCAGCCGUUAUAGCUUGCCACCAACCAUGAAAUCCCGAGGGUAUAAAAAUAGGCAGCUACAACCUCGAAUAAGAGAAUCUCCAGUCUUCGUCUUUCGCACAAUUGACAAGUCCUUCACCAGACAACUGUCUUUAUCAAAAAUGGUGCAUGUCGAUAUUAAACCUAAAAAAAAUAUAUCAGCACCGUCCAGUUUCUUACAAGCACCCAAUCAGAGAUUAGGUCCAAGAGCUAAAUCUCCUAGUCGUAAAGCUGUUGGAUAAAAUUCGUAGUUCAAUGUGAAGCUACUAUGCUAUUAUGUAAGAAAUCAAUUCGAACUCUUCGAACUAAGCUCCAUCGCUAUUCGACCGAGAUUGAGAAAGGAAGUAUGGGAGAGCCAUGCUUCGGCACAAAUGGGCCGGCUCUACCGAAAAGAUACAACGACCUCACAGAAAACCGACGUGAAACAACGCUUGCGUUGUGUUUCGUCGGGUAAGUGAGGUUACCGGAGCCUCAAAUCCUCCCCCUCUUCUUCAACCUCCCCAAUCGCUGAGUCUCCAACAAUCCUCAAAUUCCUAAUCUGUUAACGCACUUGUAACGCCUCUGGU